CUUUGCGCGACCAAAUGAUGAGUGUUACUGAGGCAGCGAUUUCUGGCGGCAGCCAAGGCGUCGGUAAACCUAACCUACAAUUCACAGUGCUCGCCCAGAGCGAUGCACGGCAGGAUUCCACUGAGGACUUCCUAGCCAGUCAUGCGGAUGGAGACUUUAUAGCCCUAAUUGGUUCCAAAUCGAGCGUGGUUACCUUGGAAAUAACCGAUAAAACCAGCUUUUCAGCUCCGUUUCCAUAUAUUUUGGCGGAUUUUGAGUUCAGCUCAGUGAAGCAGCGACCCCUCGAUGUUUUGGCUAACCAAGUGAAUCUGGAGGCCAUAUAUGAAAGCUGUAAUGUCCUCGAGGCGCAAGCUUUGACUCUGGAGCCAGUCUACACGGCUGUUUGCUCUGCGGCCGUGCCACCAGCGAAAUUGAGAGCUGUAAAGAAGGCAAACGGAUUGUUGCCUAAUGGGAAUCUAUUACUAGCUUGGCUCAACACCCGUGGUGCAAUGAUCUUUAUGAGCAAGCCCGCUGAGUACCCGGGCUGGAGUCUCAUGGAUAGCCUCAAUGUGUCCGCCGUCCUGCGGGAUUCCCUGCUGCCACCAAUGAAAUCCUCAAAAAUCAACAGCUUUGAUAAAUUUCAGGCUUUUAUGGAUCGCGCUUGGAUUACGAUGUUUGCUUGGGUUUCCAGCCAAAAUGACAAACAUGUCUUGGUCUUUGGAACCGCCAAUGGAAGCCUGUGGUUGCUUAGCCUAAGCUCUGAUGUGAAAACCCUUUCUGAACACAAAGUCUUGGAGACCAGUUUGGAUCGCAUUUGCUUUCUACAAGUUUUCGAGGAUCUCCUGCUUGUCGGUGAUGUCAAAGGGAUCAUCCAACUCUACAGAGUUUCCGCCUCGAAUGAAUCCCGUCUAGUUCUAAUAAAAGAUCUGUGGAGCAAACCGGAUGGCAUGGGUCUGCAAAGGGGAGUGAUAACCCGAUGCCCUAAAAGAGGCUGCUACUACAUAACUUGCUGCAAGGCCGCACAUCUGCUUACCUGGUGCAUGCAAAUGUCCGAGAAGAGUGAAGAAUGGCUAGAAACACGACUCUAUGUUGGUGGAAUGAAAAUCUCCGGUCUCACUGCCCUAAGGCACAAUAGUUACGUUGUGGGAAACAUAAGCAAACACUUGCAUCGCAUUCAUAUCAGCCACGAAAGCAACCAGCUUAAUCUAACAAAGCAAUCCAUCCCCAUGGAUAUGCUCGAAAACUUCGAGGUUUUGGAUCUCAACAACAGUUUAAACGGCAACCUGCUGACCGUGUUCCUUGCUCGCAACAAAGAGCACAUGAACUCGCACUUGUGGCAACGAAAUCAAAUAGUUAUGCAAGUGGGUAAGAUACAGGAUGAGGAUACGGAAGAGGGUCUUGAUCGGCUGGCUACCCAAUUGAAGUUCAACGAGCCCAUCAAUCCAUACAGCGACUACUUGGCAGAGCUGCGCAUGAAGAUAUUCUCCCAAAAGGAACUGCAAAGAUAUAUCGACUUUAGUCCAUUGGAAACCUUUCAAUUUGUCGAGGAUGCUACAGAAUCGCAACUUUUAAAGCUACAAAUUAAAUAUCAUGUCCUGAAAGCCAUUUCCCAUCUGCACUCGAACCUCCUUGAAUUGACGGAGCAUGCUCGAAAGUUUCUGGACGAAAUGGAACUGCUUCUGGCAAUGCUAGCCACUACACACAUCAGACUGAGACUUCAGUUCCUACGAACAUUAAGUAAACUAACGCCAUUCCAGGAGGAGGCGGCCAAGAGCCUGUUUAACGAGGCUCACCGUCUAAUUAGCAAACUUAAGUCUGACUUUCAUGAGAAGCAUCCUCUGAAGACCACCACAGAUGUGUUUGUAGAACAUAUAAGCACACAUUUGGAGAUAUUGCAUUUAAAGCUGGGUGGUAAUCCUCCUAGUCAAGAGUCAGGAAUGCCUGGACUACGCUGUUGUGUGUCCUAUGCAGAGAUCUCGCCUAGCUUGGAGCGUCGCUACUGCACUCUCUGUGAUCGUCAGAUCCUAAUGGAGCUGGAGAACCUCCAGGAGCUGUACGAGCACAAAGACAGCCAGCAAAUAAUCUGCCCCUUCUGUCAUGGCAGCUUCACGGAGGAGCUCUUAAAUGCAUAAACGUUACAAUUUAUUUUCAACCUUAAAGUACAAAUGAGAUUGUGUGUGUGUCCGCCUCUAAGAGCGGAGCGGAUAAAUCGAAAAGGAAAACCCACUCGGCUGCCAGACACCGACACACACGAUAAGAAUUG